CAUUUGCAGCCAAAAUAUUCUCCUUUCUUCUUCUUCUUCUUCUCUAUCCCUGUUUGUAAUGGAAGCUCAAUUGUUAAGACUUUCAUCUACUCCCAUUACAACCCCUCUUAUUACUAACUAUUCAAGAAACAAUACCCUUUUACCCCAUCAAAAAUUGCCUAAACAUUUUCUUAAGUUUCAGUUAUCAAAUUCAGGUACCAUUAAGCAUGGCAUUCGACCCAUUCAAGCUUUUGCAGCUUCUCUUGGGGAAAUAAAGAGAAUAGAUGAGACAGAAAGUUACACUCUCGAUGGUAUAAGGAACUCUUUAAUUCGACAAGAAGAUAGCAUAAUAUUCAGCCUUGUGGAGAGAGCUCAGUACUGUUUCAAUGCGGAGACAUAUGAUCCUGAUGUUUUUGUGAUGGACGGGUUCCAUGGCUCUUUGGUUGAGUAUAUUGUCAAAGAAACUGAAAAGCUUCAUGCGAAGGUUGGAAGAUACACAAGCCCUGAUGAGCACCCAUUCUUCCCAAAAGCAUUACCUGAGCCAAUGUUGCCACCCAUGCAGUAUCCAAAGGUUCUGCACUCAGCUGCUGAUUCAAUAAAUAUCAAUGUCACAAUAUGGGAAAUGUACUUCAAGAAACUUCUCCCAAGAUUAGUGAAGGAAGGCAAUGAUGGUAAUUUUGGAUCUACAGCAGUAUGUGAUACCAUUUGCUUGCAGACCUUGUCAAAGAGAAUUCAUUAUGGAAAAUUUGUUGCCGAAGCAAAAUUUCGAGCUUCACCAGAUGUCUAUAAGGCUGCUAUAAAAGCACAGGACAGAAACGGACUGAUGGAUUUACUAACCUACCCUACUGUUGAAGAGGCUAUCAAAAAUAGAGUAGAAAUGAAAACCAAAACUUAUGGACAGGAACUGAACAAUGGACCGGAAAAUGUAGGUGAUCCCGUGUACAAAAUAAAACCAUCCCUAGUUGCCGAACUGUAUGGGGACUGGAUCAUGCCAUUGACAAAGGAAGUUCAAGUUGAGUAUCUUCUGAGAAGACUGGAUUAGGGGGGAAUACACCUGAUGGAAUACAUGACCAGUGAGUUAUUGCGCUAAUAUUAUACUGUUCCACCAGAUGCCUAUAAAUAUAUGAUGGGACUUGGUUUCUUAUAGUGAUUUCUAGCAUUGUAAAUGAACAUGGAGGUGUUAAAAAACUAAACAGUGAUUCUUCUCCUGGGAAUAUGUCGAUAAAAACCUGUUGUAAUUUAUGAUUUUUUGCCCUUGAGAAAGUAAAAGAGGGAUAUGUUUUUGAAUAAUGAACAUUAUAAGCUGGUCUUUUCCAAUGAA